GUUAAUACAUAGAGAAAUGUAUAAAAUAAAUAUUGUUAUAUCUCUAUGCCCUUUCUUUUCCUAAUUGUAUAUGUUGAUGAUGUUGAUAUUUGAUAUUGAAUUAGUGAAUGAGAUGAGAGAUCACUGAGUUAUUUUAGUUAUGGAAUCUAACAUUGAAAUUAAGGAAGAGUUUGUUGAAAGUGAUCAAAGAUACAUGGAGAAUCAGCUAUCUACAUUAACUGAUCCUGGACACUUAAAGAAUGGACCAGAAGGAAACUCAGCUAGGGCUGUAAAAACCGAAAUUAAAGAAGAGUUUGUUGAAGGCAAUCCAAGAUAUGUAGAGAGUCAGGUAUCCAUCUCCCUUGAUCUGAGAGACUUGAAGAAUGAACCAGAUGACUAUAUUUCAGAUAAGGCUAUAAAAUUUGAAAUUAAGGAAAAGUUUGUUGAAGAUGAUCCAAGAUAUCGCUACCCCAGUUCAAAACAGAAACAACUCAAAAUUUUGUUGAAAUGAGUUAUUUCCGUAAAAUUUAUGCUAGGAUGAUAAUCUACCUAUUUCAAAAGAGAAAUAAAUCAUACAUUCAUAUGCAUUCCUUAAAAAGUGUCUAUUUCCUUUUUGAUUUUAUAAUCUUUUUUAACAAUGUCGGUUCAAAACAGAAAUAACGUAGUUGUUUCUGUUUUGAACUGAAUGUCACGCGCUGUCUGACAUCUGUUAGGAAAUAAGUUAAAUUAUUUCAGUUUUGAACCAGCCUGUGUCACGUUUCUUUUAGGUUAUGUCAGUUUGAAAGUAAUUGUUAACCUUUAUGUUUUUAAUUAUUUAGAACAAUAUUAGUUCCGUUAUUUUGUGUAUUUUCGUAAGUUUUAUAAGUAUUACAAUGUUGCCUAUAGGUAGAGGUAAAAGAAUGGCAUUAUUGGCAGUUGGCGAACUAAAUAGUAGUGAUGAAAAUGAACCAUUAAACCAAAUAGUGGAUGAAGUAACUUUUCAGAAAGAGGGUACUACUAAAAACCUUAAUACGGAUAAUAUAGUAGUAGAAAUUAACGUUGAUGGUAAUGUUGGAUAUAAUGACCAAAGUAAUAAUAGCAGUGGCUAUCCAUCCGUUCUCCUUGCAAUACCUGAAUUUCCAUCGAGAGAAAUAUUUGUACACGACCAAGUACAAAAUUGCAAUAUUAUUAAAGAGAUAAAUGGUAGUGUUACUGUGGAAUUAGAUAGUAAUGAAAAUGCGCUUGAUUUGUUGAUAAACACUCAGGAACCAGCUGCAAUUUUUGAAGAAAAUAUUAAUGAAGACUCUGCUGACAAAAGCCAAGAGAAAACCUAUUUAAACUUAUCAACUUUCUACCCGAGAGAAAAUGACGAUGAGGAAAUAAAUUCUAGUGUUGGUGAUGAAAGCAAAGAUAAAGAUUAUAUUGUACCCGACACUUAUGGAGCAAAUACCAGUUCUAGUGACAAUGAAGCUGAGAACUAUCACGAAAAAGUUGCUGAAACAGAAGAAAUGGUUGAAGAAACUGAACUGAGUGAGAAAAUUCUCACAAAAAAAAGAUCUAGAAAUCCAGACAAUUGGGAGAAGAAUGUGUUAAAGAAAAAAAGAAAUCUAGGAAAAAGUUUCACAACAAAAAAAGGUAAAAUAAUUGCAGCAAGAAGUGUUCAAUCAGCUUGUGGGCCCAAAUGCAGAUUCAAAUGCAGCGAAAAAAUUAAUAACGAAAUACGUCAAGAAAUACACAACAGUUUUUGGAAAAUGGGCAAUAUUAAUGACCAAAGAGAGUUUAUUUUAAGGCACAUGUCUGAGUUAAAAACAAAAUACCAAAAAAAGCUGCCUGAACGAAAAAGGUCAUACAAUUUCGUUUAUACAUUUUCUAUCAAUGGAAAUAAAAUCGUAGUUUGUAAGACAUUUUUUAUGGGUACACUAAACGUUAGUUCAAAAAUGAUUUUUACCGUUACGAAAAAAAAAUCUCAGGAUGGAUUUCUGGAAAAGGAUAAACGUGGCAAACAUGGACACAUGGGAAGGGCUAUUAAUCCACAGAUAAAAGCCGACAUACGUGAACACAUAAACUCAUUUCCCUUAAUAGAAUCACAUUUCUGUCGUUCAAGAACUGCCAAAAAAUAUAUCGAUGGAAGUCUUAACCUGUCCACUAUGUACAGAUUAUAUAAAGAACAAUGUGAAAUACUACAAAAACCUUAUGGAAAGUAUAACAUGUACUCCACAAUUUUUUCUACAGAAUUCAAUAUAAGUUUUUUUCAACCAAAAAAGGACCAAUGUGCCCUAUGUCAUAGCUUUAAUACCGCUACGGGAGAAGAGAAAGAAAAUUUAAAAAUGAACUACGAAAAUCAUCAAUUAGAAAAAGAGGCAAGUAGAAAAGAAAAAGCUGAAGAUGUGUCAAAAGCUGUUUCCUCGACUGAUCAAAUAGUUGCGGUUUAUGACUUACAGUCUGUAUUAAGUGUACCUUGUGGAGAGGUUUCACAUUUUUUUUAUAAAAGUCGUUUAUCUUGUUAUAACCUCACCGUGUAUGACAUUGGACAAAAAAAGGGUUUCUGCUAUUUUUGGAACCAGACCAUUGCUCAACGAGGUGCAAAUGAAAUAGGAAGUUGUGUAUAUUAUUUUCUAAAAGAGCAAAAUGAGAACCAGGUAAAAGAUAUUACUUUUUACAGUGAUAAUUGCAGUGGGCAAAAUAAAAAUAAAUUUAUUAUUGCAAUGUACAUGUACUGUGUGCAGUCUAUGACAAAAAUUGAAUCCAUUACACACAAAUUUUUAAUAGCUGGGCAUACCCAAAACGAAGGGGACAAUAUGCAUUCCUUAAUAGAAAGGGAGAAAAAAAGAAAGCUUAAGGCCAGCCCGAUUUAUGUGCCUGCUCAAUGGAGUACUAUAAUAGAAUUAGCCAAAAAGACCGGCCAUCCUUAUAAAAUUAAAGACAUGACGACUGAGGAAUUUCUGGACCUAAAAAAACUGACAUCCUCUUUGGGAAACAAUUAUAAUAUAAACGAACAACUAGAAAAAGUUCUGUGGACUGACAUUAAAAUUGUUAUGGUCAAAAAAAAUAACCCUUAUAUUCUUUUUUACAAGACAUCUUAUUCUGAUGCUGAAUACAAAUCAAUCAAUAUAAAAUUUAAGUCUCCAAGAAAUAAAUCAGUACCUAGUUUAUCUCAACUUUAUACCGGACCUAUUCUUAUUCCAUCUAACCUUAAGAAAGGAUUACUAGAACUUUGUGAGCUCAAAGCUAUUCCUAAGGUACACUGGGAUUUCUACAGAAAUUUGUUGGAGCAGGAAAAUACAAAAAAACACAAAAAAAAUAUUCCACCAAAUAAUGAUAGUGAUUGUGACGAGUGUGAAAAAGUGAAAGAUAUCUAGUAUUUAAUUUUAAUUAUGUUUAAAAUUGGAAUAAAAUGUUUAAGUU